AUGUAUAAGGUUGGCUAUAAGCUGGUGACAGAGCUGGAGUGGAGGUGCUGUCCAGGCCACCAGGGUCAAGACUGCAAAGACUUGAAAGGCAUCCCAUCCAGUCAGACAGUGCUGGGGCCCCUGCCCACCCUGCCUCCUGCCCCUGAUCACGUCCCAGAGACACAGGAUCCGGGACAGCAGGCAUGGGGUCAGAGUGGCCACCCCUGGGGGGCAGGGAGGCAACCAGGAGGUCAGACAGGCCAAGGGCCGGCAGGGGGCCAGGGAGGGAGUCAGACGACACAGCAGCUGGAGGUGGUGGUACAGCGUCUGUCCCAGCAGAUUCUAGACAUGCAGGCAGCCAUGACCAGCCUGUCGGCCAACCUGAGGGUGGACCUGCAGGAGGACACCAGCAAGAUGCUGGUCACGCUGCUCAACGUCUUGCGGCAGCCAGACAGCGUGCGUGGGGAGCAGCAGAGCAUGCUGCUGCAGGGCCUUUCCCUGGAAAAAGAAUACAACACGGUGGACAUAGACAAGUUCACGAGCAAGAUCAACCACCUCAACGACACCAUCAACACCAAGAGCAAUGUACUGGACGACCUCCAAGCCAGAGUCAACCACCAUGACGGACAGCUCCACCUGCUAAUGGAGGCCAGCCCGGCCUCACCCCCUCCCGCUCCUCCGGCCAAUGAUGCGACCCUGCGCGCCUAUGUGGACACAAAGUUCCACGCCCUGAAGGACGAGAUGAUAGAGGGCAUGGAGAUCAAGAUGGCAGACCUGAAGAACUCAUGUGACUAUAAGAUCCUGUCGGUGCAGGAGCAGUGUGCGGGCCAGCAGAACAGCUACCUUAGCCUGACCGAGCUCCUCGAGUCCAAGGAGAUGGACCUCCGCAAGGAGCUCCAGGACUUCAAGAACCAGCUGCCUAAUUCACAGAGGGGAGACGGAACCCCUCCAGGGGUGGAGGAGCUGCGAAAGGAGCUGUUCCGGGCCGCUGAGGCCCAGCUGAGCCUCCAGUCCAGCCUAGAGAAGAAGUCCAAGCCUGACCCACUCCUGCUCCGUGUGGAAGAGCUGGAGGCCCGUCUCAACAUGUUGGAGAGGAGCGAGGAGGUGCGCAGCCUCUUCCUGGAGGAGAAGCUGAGGAGAGAGGGGGCGGAGGGGGCCGCAGACCUGAAGAAGGCUAUGGGGGACAGGAUGAGCUCCAUGGAGGACCGGGUCACCACUCUACUGGUGGGGAUAAGCAGCCCCGUAUCUGGGGCUCAGACUGUGCUAGAGGCACUGCAGAGUGCUCAGGCUCUGGAGGACAGACUCAAUUCCCUAGAACAGCUGUGCUCUACGGAGUGCAAGUCUGACCAACCGGCCAUAGAGCGCAUUCAACAGAACCUCCAGGUCUACAGAACUAGCCUAGUCACAAUGCAGUCUAGCAUCAAUGGGCAUUCAACUAGUCUUGGAGACAUGGAAAAGUUUGUCCAAGGGCAGCUCCUGAACCAUACCGCCAGUCUUACAGAUGUGCAGGAAGAAGUAGGAGCUCUUAAAGGACGUAUGGGAGGACAGGAGGGCUCUCUGUCAGCAAUGGGUCUCUCUCUUAGACAGCAGUCCCUGGAGCUCCAGGGCCAGCUUCUGAACCACAGUGCCAGUCUUACAGGCGUGGAAGAAGCACUAGGAGCUCUCAGUGGGCGUAUGGGAGUACAGAAGGGCUCUUUGUCAGACUUGGGUGUCUCUUUCAGUGCUAAUCUUAAAGAUGUGGAGGAAGAGCUGGGAGCUCUUAGUGGGCGUAUGGGAGAGCAGGAGGGCUCUCUGUCGGCCCUGGGUCUCUCUCUCAGCCAGCAGUCCCUGGAGCUCCAGCAACUGAACACCUGUUGCCUGAGCAGUGCAGUGCCAGCCCAGGAGGCCAAGGACCUGCUAGAGCUCCACCUGACCCAGAGAGAGGAGCUGAGGGCCAGGCUGGAGGAGCUGGGCCGGGAGGUGAGGGCUGAGGCAGACCACUGCAGGAACAGGACCGAGGACGUAGCACUGGACGUUGCCAGCAUGGACAGCCGGGUUACCAGCUUGGAGAACGUGUGUGGUAGGCUGGAACCCAUCUCCAGCAACCUGCACAGGAUCAAGGAGGGGCUGAACAAGCAUGUGACCGGCUUGUGGAACUGCGUCAACCAGAUCAACGGCACCUUGCAAGCCCACACCAAUGACAUCAGAGGACUGAAGGGAACAUACCAGAACCUCCAGGACCACUACUCGGGCAUCACCCAGGCCCUACAUCAUCUGACCACCAGUCCUGAGAACACUGGUGUUCAUGUAGGUGUGGAGGAGUCUGUUAAUCCCACUGAGACCAAGCUUGUUCCUCAGGGUCCUGUCCUACCCAUUGGUCCAAUACCAGAUGGGGUCCUACCACAUAUGAUGGAGACUGGGGAGGCAGGAGCCCCCGGAAUCAUCAUCUCUUCCAAACCGCCCAAAGGGGCCGACGGCAGCAUGUCCACCCUCAAGGGCUUUGCUGGAGCCCCAGGUGAGCGGGUGUCCUUCUCGGCUGGUCUCAACCGCUUGCCCUUCCCUGGGGAGGUGGGUAUCAUCCGCUUCAACAAGGUGUUGGUAAACGAUGGGGGACACUAUGACCCUCACACAGGCAUCUUUAACGUUCCCAUGGAGGGCCGCUACCUGCUGAGUGCCGUGCUGACAGCCCAGAGAGGUGCCAGGGUGGAGGCGGUGUUCUCUGUGUCCAACCGCAGCAUCCAGAGGCUGGACACGGCCGGUUACCUGCCUGAUAAUGGUGGAGGAGGUGGGGCUGGCUCCACCAGCUGUGACUGCGGAGGCUCUGCCUCCCUGAGCCUGGUUCUCACUCUGAUGCGUGGGGACAGGGCAGGUUUAGUCAUGACCGCAGGCAAACUUGCCAUCUCAGAGAACACAGAGGUCCUCUCAACAUUUAGCGCCGUGCUUCUCUACCCCACCCCCUCAAAAAAAUAG